CUGAAAAAAAAAAUGCUUUUAGUGAGAAUGACCCUGUAAUUUUCAAAAGAGCUAGCAUUAUUAAAAGAGUUUUCCUUGCAUGGCAACAUAAGUGAAUGAGAACGAAAGAAACAACGAAACGAAAAGUUGAUUUGGGAACUUUCUCGUGAGAUGUUGCCCGGAAGUUGUCAAAACUUGGUGAUUAUUUUGCAUCAGAUCAUGAUAAGAAAAUCUCCACAUUGUACUUGAUUUAUCCUUUCUGGUUUUCAUUCAAAGUCAUGUUAGGUUAAUCAGGUUAUUCUUGGUAGUGUUCUAUUCAUGAACAGAACAACAACCAGAAGAAAAUGUUUUUCAGCAGAGCUCAAAACUUGGGCUCAAAAAAUGAUAGACCCGAACAUUCCAACCAUGGAAGUUGCUCCAGGACUGACACUGCUCCUGAAGGUCACAGACUGUGUGAUAAAGAACAUGAACAGCAAAUUGAUAACUCAAAUACAGUAUUAGAAAAAAUUGCUAGCUUGUAUGCGGAACGGCUUCUUAGUGAUAUCACAUUAGAAGUCGGUGGGAAGCAUUUUGCAGCUCAUCGCCUCAUUCUUUGUGCUUCUAGUGAUGUUUUUCAGGUAAUGUUGAUGAAUCCAAAUUGGAGUGAAUCGCAAGAAACAAAAAUAUGCUUGCAAGAAGAUCCAGCGUGUGUACUUGUAUUUCCUGAUUUUUUGAAAUAUCUAUAUACAGGCAAACUUCACAUAAAUCACUUCCUUGUCUUGCCCUUGGUUACUUUGGCCGAUAAAUAUAAUGUAAAGGAUUUAGUUCAUCUUUGCGUUGAUUAUAUGUGUCGCCAUGUAGUGUCUGCCACACGUCAUAACCAAUUGGUUUUGUGGUUACAGUAUACUCUGAAUUGUGGUCAUAGUUUAGUAUACAAAGCAUGUGCAAGCUUUAUAACUUGGAACUUUGAGUUGGUGUGUGAUAUGGAAGACUUUGGAUCUUUAGAAACUGAAGUUCUAAUAAGUUUCCUUCGGCAGUCCGACUUGGUUAUUAGUGAUGAAGUUGCUGUUUUCCAGUGUGUAGCAAAGUGGCUUGCUAUUCAGGAACAAAAAUUGCUCUCUAUACAUAGCCAGCCUGAUGCAAGUUAUCAUUUUGCCAAUCUUGUAACAGAAGUAAUGUCUCAUGUACGAUUUCCAAUGAUGUCACCACGCCAGUUGGCAAGUUUGCUUAUUCAUUCUCUCACUAGUCGUUUCAAAGACUUUUUCAUUGAAAGAAUGGCCUUGGCCAUGGCCUUCCAUUCAAAUCAAACUGAUCAUCGAGUACUAGAUGCUCUUCAAAAAGAAGAUGGACUUCUUUUAUUUACUCCACGCCUCUACACUGCCGAAAAAUGGAGUGCCUGUCUUUCAGUGGAAAACUACCAUUCUUUACAAUCCUAUGGCGUUUCCACGCUAGUCUUUACAACCCCAUGUAGCUUUUCUGAAUGUCACUCUAAUGAGACUUUUGAGUGGACUGCAGAACUCUACCCAAAGGGCGUGUGGUUUAAGAAGUUUUUUCUUAUCGUUUGGCAAGGGACUUUGGAAGUUCCUGAAUCGGUGUCUAAGACCGUCAGGCUGUCUUUGACGCAAAAAGAUCCGGAUGUAGUUGCAAGAGUCUCAGUUGGUAUUCUGAUCUGUGGUAAGCAAGAUGGUAUAGAGCACGUUCGUAAGGUUGUGCAGAAGAAUUUUGUCUUCACCGAUGAAGAACGCAUGCUCAAUAUUAACGAGUUGGUUCCUUUUGAUGAUCUCAAUGACUUAAGAUCUAGCAGAUCCUCAUACCUAACUGGGCCCAAUUCUGAUUGCUUUAAGCUACAUAUUGUUAUAACUCCUUUAUGUGCAUUUUGACUAUAAUUUUCUCGUGUAUACAUGCUUUUUUAUACCAUUUAAUGUGCCUAGUUAUUUGGUACUAUUUAAAAGAGAAGGCAAGUGAUUUUUUAAAUAAGAUUUUGAUAUGUAUUUGGUGAAUAAAAAUUAAAGUUUA